AUGCCUCCCAAAAGGGGACGGAAGUCAUUGCCAGCGCGUAUUGAUGAUUCUUCCCUAUUGAUCUCCACUUUACUUCCAUCUCGACGCUCACCUCGAGUACCUACGACUAAAAAUGCUUUGAAUGGCGACGAAUCCCCCAACCCUCUCCGAGUUUCUUCCACCACCUCACCUCAGAAAUCUACUCACAGUAGUCCUGUUGCUCCCAAAACACCUACUCCAACCAAAAAGGCUUCUACAUCUAACUUAAUCGGCUCCCGCCGACGCACAUUCCAAGCUCGUCCUUCUCGAUUGUCAAGUGUUUACACGCCGGUCGUGGAACCUGUCAACCCAACUCAAAGUAGUCGCAGAACGAGACAGUCAACCGCCCUUGAGCAGGUCUCAGACGAAGAUUUUUCAGAAAGUGUCGGCUCAACCGGUUGGACUUACGACCAGUACAUGGGCGGCCAAAACACAAUGGCCCCAAAAUCUCCCAGUGCGUCCUCAUUGGGUAAACGCUCUUCUACUCGUGUUCGAAAGCCUACCAUUCGUGCUAUUGAAUCACUCGAGUCGGUCAUUAAGAAGCCGAUCAUCAAAUCCCGCGGCAAGAGCAAGACCGCCGAAACUCUCAAAGAAGAGACUCCAGCCCUGGUUUCAACCCCAACACCUACUCCAAUCACUCCUCCGGCCCCACUUACCAGUACCUCCACAAAGGCAACCCGCAAAAGUAAGCGGGUCAAGAACGGCAAGAAGCCUGCCAAAGCUCCGAAGUCUAAAUUGAUUGGUGAUGACAUCGAUGUUGAUCAAACCGGCAAGAAUCUAUACAAUCUUGUUGUACUUGCCUUGAGUCCCGAAUUCGUUACUCCCCCUGACCCUGAGGCUUUCAUUGCCGAGGCACGCAAGGCUUGGGAGCUGGGCUUAAAAUUCCCACAGGAUGAGCUGAACGGCACCGAUGGAGAAGUUGCCGAAGUUCGCGACGAUGAUACCAACGUUCCCGAUGUCGAUACGGAAAUGUUAGACGUUAAUACCAAUGUUCUUGAAGCCAACGCCAAAGUUCCCGACAUUGACACGGAUACCACCGAAGAGCACGAGCCAAUCUUCCUGAAACUGCGACGUGUUCGACCUCCUAGCAUUGACAUCGAUGGGUGGUCGAAUACUGGCCGUGUCAGCGCCAGUGGUGACGAAGUUCUUUCGUCGCCCAAGGGACAAAGCCCUUACCGCCCACAUUGCACUUUAUCCGAGAAUGGACUUCCUCCCCCACCAGUGCGCAGUCGCCGAGAUGACAAACCUUUGGUUGGACUCCCGCCCCUUGUGGGCGAUCGCAAUGUGCCUUUUGUAUCGGAGGAGGCGCCGCAGGAGGCGCCGCCGCAACCUAGGGUACAGCGCCUUCGCCUACGAAUGGGACCGCAAGUGGAGGAUAUCUGCCCUCAUCCGUCCUCGGCCGGCAAGAAACGCCGUGCCGAGGACUGUGAGAAUGGGCACGAAGCCAAGAAAGCCAAGAAGGGUAUCAAGAAGGCCGAGAAGAAAGCCGAGAAGAAAGCCGAGAAAAAGGCUGAGAAGAAGGCUGAGAAGAAGGUCGAGCAGAAGGCCGAGAAGAAGGUCGGUAGUAAGGCUGAGAAGAAGACCGACAAGAAGGCCAUCAAAAAGCGCAAGUAA